AUGCCUGGUGAGCAGAGUUCUAUUAUUAUCUCCGUCGUCUAUGCGUCAAAUGCAGAAGAUCAAAGGAAAGAGUUGUGGAAGGAAAUUGUAGUCAUGGGUACAUCCCAGCUUGUCUCAAACAAACCUUGGAUCCUAUUGGGUGAUUUUAACCAAAUCUUGCACCCUCAUGAGCAUUCAAGGUACUUACAUCCAAACGUUGACCAUAAUAUCAGAGACUUCAAAAGCUGCCUUCUGGACGCAGAGCUCGCGGAUUUAGUCUUCAGAGGAAAUUCCUUCACUUGGUGGAAUAAGAACAAAGAGAGGCCUGUAGCAAAAAAGCUCGACCGUAUCCUAGUAAAUGAAUCUUGGAACAUCAAAUACCCCUCCUCACUUGCCACCUUUGGAGAACCAGACUUCUCUGACCAUGCCUCCUGUGGGGUGACGCUUGAUGCUACUCAAAUCAGAGCAAAGAGGCCAUUCAAGUUUUAUAACUACCUCUUUCAGAAUGCGGAGUUUAUAACUCUGAUCAGAGCAAACUGGUUCUCAUUAAAUAUAGUAGGAUCGGCUAUGUAUCGUGUCUCCAAGAAGCUCAAGUCUUUGAAAAAACCAAUAAAGGACUUCAGUAGACAAAACUAUUCGGAUUUGGAGAAACGCACUCUGGAAGCACAUGAAAACCUUCUCUCGUGCCAAAGGUCCACUCUCGCUGAUCCGACUGCGACAAAUGCAAUGAUGGAAUUGGAAGCCCAAACAAAGUGGACUGUCCUCGCCGCUGCUGAAGAGAGCUUCUUUUACCAGAAAUCAAGGGUUACAUGGUUUGCGGAGGGAGACGGUAAUACUAGAUAUUUCCACCGAAUGGCAGACUCUCGAAAGGCUAUCAACACCAUACAUUGCAUGAAGGAUGACCAUGGAAAUAGUUUUGAUACCCAGGAGGAAAUCACAUCGCAUUGUGCUGAUUACUUUGAAAAUCUAUUGACUGAGGAGGAAGACCCUUGCACAAUGGAGCAGGCAGAUAUGGACCUCCUCCUUACUUUCCGAUGUUCCCCUGCCCAGAAAACGGAUGUGAUCUCUCCGUCUCAAUCUGCUUUCCUCCCUGGAAGAUCACUGGCCGAGAAUGUCCUACUUGCCACUAAACUAGUCCAUGGAUACAACUGGCGUAAUAUCUCCCCAAGAGGAAUGCUUAAGGUUGAUUUACGUAAAGCUUUUGACUCUGUGCGAUGGGAUUUUGUCAUCUCAGCUCUACGAGCCAUUCAAGUCCCUCAACGUUUCAUUGACUGGGUGUACCAGUGCAUAAGCACUCCAACCUUCACUGUAUCGGUAAAUGGCUGCAAUGGUGGUUUUUUCAAAAGCUCCAAGGGUUUAAGACAGGGAGAUCCCCUCUCACCGUACCUCUUUGUUUUGGCCAUGGAAGUCUUUUCAAAGCUCCUACAAUCCAGAUACGACGCAGGCUAUAUCCAUUACCACCCACAGGCUCUGGAUCCAUCUAUCUCUCACUUAAUGUUCGCCGACGACGUCAUGAUAUUCUUUGACGGUGGGCAUUCCUCUCUCCAUGGUAUAUGCGAAACUCUUGAUGAUUUUGCUUCUUGGUCUGGGCUGAAAGUGAACAGAGACAAGAGUCAGCUUUUUCACGCAGGUUUGAAUACAAAUGAGUGCAAUGAAAUUGUAGCCUAUGGUUUUCCUCAAGGUACUCUACCUAUCAGAUAUAUGGGGCUUCCUUUGAUGCAUCGCAAGCUCAAAAUCGCGGAAUACGAACCCCUCCUGGAGAAACUCACCAGUAGAUUCAGAUCUUGGGCAACCAAAUCACUGUCUUUCACGGGCAGACUCCAGCUGAUCUCUACUGUCAUUUUCGGAUCAAUCAACUUUUGGAUGUCCACUUUCCUUCUUCCAAAGGGAUGCAUACAAAAGAUAGAGAGCUUAUGUGCAAAAUUCCUUUGGUCUGGAAAUAUUGACGAGGUAAAAGGUGCAAAGGUUGCUUGGGAAACAGUCUGCCUGCCAAAAACUGAAGGAGGCCUCGGUCUUAGAAGAUUAACAGAAUGGAACAAAACCUUAAACCUCAGGCUUAUUUGGUCUUUAUUCAAACCUGGAAACUCUCUGUGGUCCGCGUGGAACCAUCAACACCAUAUCAGGAACUCCACUUUCUGGGCAGUGACAAGCACAAACAAAGACUCUGCAUCCUGGAAAACUCUCCUGUCUCUCAGACCGUUGGCAGCGAAGUUCAUAAAAUGCAGAGUCGGAAAUGGUCGACGAGCAUCUUUCUGGUAUGACAACUGGACCUCCCUUGGUCCUUUAAUAAACCGCAUUGGAGACCAUGGAGAUCGUUCCCUGCGAAUUCCUUUGCUGGCAAAAGUCGCAGACGCCAUAUUAAACGAGGAGUGGAAGCUCCCUCUUACCAGGUCGGACCCGGCAAGGGCAAUCCUCGAUCACCUCCGAACAUUACCCAUCCCAAAUGAUCACUCGUAG